AUGACCCGACUUGCAUUCUAUGGUGCCCUGGUAGCAUUAGGCAUAUUGUUACCACGCGCCGCUGCUGAUGUCGACCCCAUUGUCAUCAAAGGCUCUAAAUUUUUCUAUCAGAGCAACGAUACUCAGUUUUUCAUUCGGGGCAUUGCUUAUCAAGCCGACCUGACGAACGACGACAUUGCCACGCCAUCGAACACUUCGUAUGUCGACCCACUCGCCGAUGCAGACAGAUGCAAACGCGACAUUCCAUACCUUAGACAGCUGAACACGAAUGUCAUACGAGUGUAUGCUGUGGAUCCAGCACAGAAUCAUGACUCCUGCAUGAGCCAAUUAGCAGACGCUGGCAUCUAUGUGCUGUCUGACUUGGCCGACCCUAUCGAUUCCAUCGACCGAGACUCCCCUGAAUGGACAGUAGAUCUACUGUCCCGCUAUACAAGUGUGAUUGAUGCUCUUCAUGGCUACAACAAUAUACUUGGCUUUUUCGCCGGCAACGAGGUUUCCCACCUGGCCAAUAAUACUGCAGCCAGUGCAUAUGUCAAGGCCGCGGUUCGUGAUUCGAAGGCCUACAUCAAGUCGUCUAACUACCGUAGUAUUGGAGUCGGAUACGCUACGAAUGACGACCCCGAGAUACGCACGAACUUGGCAGACUACUUCAAUUGCGGUGCAAAUGCUAGCGAAUCUAUCGACUUCUGGGGUUACAACGUCUACUCAUGGUGCGGUGACUCAUCCUACGUACAAUCGGGUUAUCAGAACCGUACGAUACAAUUCAGCAACUACUCAGUCCCUUCGUUUUUCUCAGAAUAUGGCUGCAACAAAGUACAGCCUCGUACGUUUUCGGAAGUGGACGCGAUCUACGGACCCAACAUGACUCAAGUCUGGUCAGGCGGGAUCGUCUACAUGUACUUUGAAGAAGCGAACGACUACGGGUUGGUCGAUGUUUCAGGUGACAAUGUCAGCACUCGCCCAGCCUUCUCAUACCUCUCAAAUCGAAUGCAAAGCGCGACACCGACAGGCGUCCUAAAAGCUUCCUACGCCCCUACGAACAGUCCACAGGCUUGCCCGACGGUCAACAGCAACUGGCAGGCAGAUGCUUCCCCACUACCUCCUACACCAAACACCGAUCGUUGCCAGUGCAAACUGAGCAGCUUAUCAUGCAUCCCGAAGCGCUCGCUCGGAACCACUCAGAUGGGAGAACUUUUUGGAACGGUCUGCGGAUUGUCCUCGAGUGCGUGUAAUGGCAUCUCUCACAAUGCUACCACCGGCAAAUAUGGUGCGUACAGCAUGUGCAACUCAACAGUCCAACUUGCGGUAGCUCUAGAUGCAUAUUACAGACAGCAAGACUCUCGCUCCAGUGCUUGCAGCUUCGAUGGUAUGGCUGUCUUGCAGAAGCCUAGUGGUACCUUUAGCUCACCUGGCAGCCCGGUACGAGACAGAAGGUCCACUGUCCGUCCCAGACGCUUCCGGCCGAUGUACUCUGUAGGAUCGGACGAGUUAGAGAUGACAUAG